AUGGGCAUCGUAGGCGUGGAGAAAUACUUAGAGAAUUAUCCCGACACCUGCUGCUUCGUUGACAUCCGCCAGGCAGUGAAGGAUGACGACCGCAAGGUGGUGGUGGUAGACGGCAACGUCUUUCAUCACAUGUACAUCUUCAGAAAAUUUCAAUGGAUUUGCGGCAACACUCACGGACUCGUCGCAGAAGUGAGAAAUUUCGUGGGAGCUUUUAAUCGUCUAGGGGUGAAACUCGUGUUCUUCUUCUGCGAUCACCAGUCGAAGGAGGUCAGGCGUAAGAAGUGGAUACGCGACCGCCAUGCUAACAUGCGAUACGUUAAGAAGGUCCUGAGGAGAAUUGAACAAAUGGACAUGUCCGUUGCGCUCAUCGGCAGUCUUCCCGAAGGUGAGUCGCAUACCCCUCUCGAUAUAAAAUGUUGGUUGAGAGCAGCGUUGCAGGAAAUCCAGUGCGAGGUGAUCUGUCCGGUCUCCGACCGUGUUUACCACAUAGCGUCUUAUGCGCGGGAAAACAACUGUCUCGCAAUUAUUUCACAAACGUCCUAUUUCGUCUUCUACGAAGAUCUAACCGCUGCUAUAUGGUCUAUGAAGCACUUGGACAUGAGAACUAUGAAAACGAAGGCAUAUAAUUGCAAAUCGCUCGCGCGGAGACUUCAUUUCGAAAAUAAUUUCUUUCCUUUGCUUGCCACCUUACUUGGCACGACAUCAAUGGUCAAAGACAGGAACAGGACAAAAGUGAGGAACUGCAUUCGCAAACGAGUCAGUUAUGCUCUAGCCAGUGAUAAUAUGUGCGAUGUUACAGCUCAGUACAUUAGGGAAAAUUUCGAUUACGAUCACUUAGAAAAUGUGCCUGUUGUAUUGACCAAACAUUUUUCUUCACAAUCAGAAAUGCUGGUUUCAGAUUACUUAAUGUAUGAAAGAAUGUUUAAAUUUAAAUAUAUUACAGAAGAUGGUGUGCCAAAUGUGUCAGAAAUGAACUUGUGGGAGAAAAUAAAAAAGGUGUGCUAUGAUCUACAAAAACGUGGUAGAAUGUGUAGUAAAGUGCGUGUUAUCUUAGAUGAACAAUUUUAUGAGCAACAUACUAUGCUUGAAGAUUUUGAUGACCUGCCGUCAAUAAGUCUGCUCUUCAGACCUCUCCGGCAGAAAAUAUAUGCAAUUUUGCUGCAUGAAGCGGAGGGCUUCUUGAAAAAUCGCGAAGUAAAAGAGUGGUGCUUUGACAACAGUGGUAUUUUAUGCUCUACCAUUGUGUCACCCGCCAACGUCGAUAAAUCCAUACACCCUGGUCUUCUCAACCUGUGGGAUUUAAGCAAUACAAGUGAUGGAAUCUUAGAAAAUAAAUGGCAACUCUUUGCAAACGCUGUUUCGUCUAAUCUAGAAUAUAAUUUGCUCCGUGACUUACCUGCUCCUUUGGCGAUUCCUACAGCUGUUCUUUUCUACUUGUAUCGUGAAGCACCUCUGAUUUUCCCCGAGUAUUCUUGUAACUUGCUGAGCCCAUGGGAAAUAGAUGUAUUUAUUUCUGUAAUUGUAACAUUGCCUUAUAGAGAUGGAAAUUUUUUCAGAGUUAUUCAUAGAGGAAAUAUACGAGCAAUAAAAUUGUCAGCACUCUUCAUGCAUGGAUGUCAGACCAUGGAAAUGUUGCACCAAGCAUGUGGUUAUGUGGUAAAAGAGCCAAAUUCAAUUUGGUACUAUUUUGAUGGUAUAUUAUUUCAUGACCUCUAUGAAAACGCCAAAGUGGGAUACAAGAUCAUAAAUAGCUGUUGUAAUCCUGAAAUAUUGGCACAGUUUGAGCUUAUUAGGAAAAUUGUUUUUCUCAAUUGCUGA